AUGCCUCACAACGAGGUGCAGAAGACAACAUGGCAGAACGCAUCGCGAGCAGGGCAGCAGAAACAGGAAGAGCUAGUAAGACAGGAUUUUGCGGACGCAGGAUGGCAGGCAGAGAGGCUCCUCAAUGCGAUGAGCAAGGCGCCGGACUUCUACUUCCAGGCCAUCCAGCAGAUCAAGAUGACCGAGUGGAGCAACAACCGCGUCGUCUGUCUUGGAGAUACUGCGUAUGCGCCUACGCCGCUGAAAGGCAUGGGCACGAGUCUGGCGCUACUUGGAGGCUACCUGCUUGCUGGCGAGCUGGCACAGCUUGAGCAUGCCGAGCAUCCAGGCAAGGCGUUGGAAGCGUAUGAGAAAGCGUUCCGCCCGUUUGUUGAGAAGACGCAACAGAUUCCAAAUGUUGUGCCAGGCAUAGCCCAUCCGGAUACCGCAUGGAAGAGAUGGCUGCUUGAAACGGCAAUAUCGACGAUGGUCAGAGCAGUGAAUUCACCGUUGUUCGUUAAGCUGAUCGGUGGGGCCAAAACCGCAGAAGAGAACGAUGAUGGGUUCCAGUUGCCGCAGUACGAGAGUCUUGAUCGAGUGCUUUAA